CAAUGAGAACCCCAAAACUAAACCCCAACAAAACCUAAAACCCUCUCUCAUUUCCAAUCCCCUAAACCCUAACCUCUCCUCAAUGGGUAGAAACGAAGCCGCCAUUUCCUUCCUCACCAACGUCGCCCGCACUGCCUUCGGCCUGGGCGCAGCGGCCACCGCCGUCUCCUCUUCCCUCUACACCGUCGACGGCGGCCAGCGCGCCGUCCUCUUCGACCGCUUCCGCGGCAUCCUGGACUCCACCGUCGGCGAAGGGACCCACUUCCUCAUCCCCUGGGUCCAGAAACCCUACAUCUUCGACAUCCGCACUCGUCCCCACACCUUCUCCUCCGUCUCCGGUACCAAGGACCUCCAGAUGGUUAACCUAACCCUCCGCGUCCUCUCCCGCCCCGACACCGAGAAGCUCCCCACCAUCGUCCAGAACCUCGGCCUCGAAUACGAUGAAAAGGUCCUCCCUUCCAUCGGCAACGAGGUCCUCAAGGCCGUCGUCGCGCAGUUCAACGCCGAUCAGCUGCUCACGGAGCGGUCACAGGUCUCCGCCCUCGUCCGUGACAGCCUCAUUCGUCGCGCCAAAGACUUCAACAUCGUUCUCGAUGACGUCGCGAUUACUCACCUCUCCUACGGCGGGGAAUUCUCCCGCGCAGUGGAGCAGAAGCAGGUGGCGCAGCAGGAGGCGGAGAGAUCGAAGUUUGUGGUGAUGAAGGCCGAGCAGGAGCGGAGGGCCGCCAUUAUUAGGGCUGAGGGUGAGAGCGAUGCGGCCAAGCUGAUCUCGGACGCCACUGCCUCGGCCGGGAUGGGGCUGAUCGAGCUAAGGAGGAUUGAGGCGUCCAGGGAGGUGGCGGCCACGCUGGCGAAGUCGCCCAACGUCUCGUAUUUGCCCGGUGGACAGAACUUGCUCAUGGCUCUCGGUCCUUCGCGGUGAUCAUUGUGGCGGUGAUGGUAAUCUGUUUGUUGAAUUGAUUUUGAAGGGCUCAACGAUGCUGUGUGAUGACAUGCUUGGAUCAUCUUUGUCUUUAGUUUUUCCGUUGUUGGAAAUAUUUUUCUUGUGUUUUCACUUGUAGACUCUCUCAUUUGAGCAUAGUUCAUAAUGAUUUUAGGAAGGUAAUAAGUUAGAAAUGAAUUUGGACCUUCGUUUUUUCAUGGUGAAAGGGUCUGUUUAGUUGCAGAGUAAAAACUAUCUCCAAAGUAUAUAAGGUGAGAGAGGAACUUGAAUACUUGAUUGUGUGGUUAAUGUUGGUUCUUUGACCUUAUCAUCAAUUUACCGAAGUAUUUCAAUACAGUCGGUGCCUUCGGUUCAAUUUUAUUUGUCAA